UGAAGUGGGCCCCACCAACAAUUUUCAUAGGAGUCCUCCUCAAUAUCAAUAAUUAAUAGUUAUAAAACGAAACACUCGAAUCUAGCAAUAGCGACCUCCUCCCUCCUCCGUCUCCUACGCCGCUUAUAUCAUUCCUCCUUUAAGCCCCACCAUCACUGCCACGUAGACCCCCGUAGGCCCUACUCCUAGUUCCCAAUAUCCAUCGUCGGAUUCCCAGAUCCCAAUCCAACGGCUGACCUCUCCAUUCGCAUGCGUAUCUGUGAAAACGACGCGGGAGAGCGGUUCACCGUCCGAUACAACAAGAUCAAAAUCAACGGUUAUCAACUUCUGAUAGGGAAAACGACAGAGUAGCCCAAAACCCGACCACGCCCACCACCGGUGAGAACCGUACGACUACUAGUGCAGACUCUCGCCCCCGGCGCCAGACACGUAGCAGGCCCGAGUGGUGGGGACCGCAGCUUCUAUACGGUUACAAAUUUAGAUCCCCUCGCUUUCUUCGUCUAUUUCGCCGCUCUCUUCUUUCCCGACUCACACUACACAGCUCGAAGGUGAACCAUAUCCAAACCCUAACAAAAAGAUUUCUGCUAUGGCGCCUGCUCUUGGUCUCUUCUCAUCCUCCAAUUCUGGGAACUCAAGAGAGUUAGAGGACGGCCCUGCUGCGGCCGGCGAGGCUAAGCCGAAAGGGAGGCGUGGAGCGAGGCCGCCUGCUCCGAAGAAGCCACCGCAGCGCGGCCUCGGAGUAGCACAGCUGGAGAGGCUUCGUCUUCAAGAGAGGUGGAAGAUGAUGACCGACACGAUGGAACCAACUGUUUCACUCCCCAUCUACGAUCUCCCGGCGAUCUCGCGAUUCGGUGGAACCUGGGUUGAAGCACAUUCUAUGCCGCCAAAGGCUGCGGCAUCGCAGACCCAGGCAUUUCCAGCUCUGGUCUACCUCCCGCGCUGCAGAUCGGGGAUCCAAAUCCCAGGUGGAGGCUACGGGACAUUCCCGGCCAAUCGACCGGCAAUGCAUGAGCAAUACGCGCUUGAUCGGUUUCAGUUCGCAGCCGGGAACCCAGCUUUAGAGCCCCCUUCAAACCAAACCUCGCCGCUGUGCUUCUCUAAUCAGUGCGAGUUCUGCGUCCGUAAGAAGCGGCUCUUUGGCGGGAAUUCAGGACUAAGCAACGAUGGUGAUUUCCUUGAAAUGAAUCUUGCCUCCUCCGUGAUCACAGAUGAGGCAAAUAUUUCGGGCGAGUAUCGGAGCCCGCGGCCCUUUAAAUCCGCAAGAGAAACCGAGCUCAAGGAGUUUGAUUUCUUCCCUCGAAGCCUCGCCUUCUCCGCCGAUGAGGAGUCCGAAUUCGCUGGCGCUUCCUCUGGCGCCGGAGAUGGAUGCUCUCCAAGCUUUAUUGAUCUAUCUCUUACCCUCUAGCUAGCCAGUUAAAAUUAUUAAAUAUAUAUUAAAA